UAUACCCUUCGGGAGGUCUGCGGUAAGGGCUCUAGCCCGGCCGCCACGGCGUUAAAUACAACAACAACAACAACAACAACAUAUGCCAUCGGCGCAUAUCUUGAUAUCAACAGCUCGGCUCGUAUAUGGCCGAGGCAUGCCGCCUGGGCUACUUGCAUUUGGCGUAGUUGCAUCAGCUUUUGGUGCCAUAUUUAAGAUUUUGAAAGAUUGCAAGCGUCUCAGUCGCUGGUCCACUUGGAUACCGUCUAGUGUUGCAUUAGCUGCAGGCAUGUACAUUAUGCCUGAAAUGAUAUUGGCACAAGGGAUUGGGGGUUUGAUUCAUUAUCAUAUUCUUCGUCACUGGGGUCGAGAGAAGGAAUCACGCCUUAUUUCCACGGCUACGGGCUUCAUACUCGGCGAAGGCUUGUUCAGCUUAGUGACAAUGCUCCUGCAGAGCAUUGAUGUCCCACAUUUAUGAUUUCAAAUAAUUGAGUCUCAGUUCGAUGGUUAGUCACAACGAGCCGGGUCUACGAAUUCGUAAUAGUAACUUCAGCGGUGCCUGGGGGCAACGGGACAUGUCACAGACCAGC